CCAGUAUUCGCAAACAAAGCUUAAAGGGUCCAAUAUGAAACUUAAACCUCAAAGAAGUAACCAUCCAUUGUGAACUACACACAGUGCUUUAAGCGAAUGUAGUGUGUUCACUUAGAUGCAGGGGGCGUUGUGUUACUAUUCUUCCUUCCGUCCCGAGGCGGCUCCUUACUACUUAAACUGAGGCGAAUCACCGCUCUCAAAGAACAUCGAGAAAAAACUCAUUAGAUACAGCGAAGGAAGCAGGUACUACCUCAAAGAGUACAUUAUAAACUAACUUGCUCCUACCUUUGUUAGGUACCUAGACGCUCAUUCUUUUUGUGAACAUCUAUCUAUAUAUACUUCUCCCGGGUUCCUCUACAUUUUGCUCUUCAGCCGAGCAUCUUCACGUCGACAACUUGACAACUUGACAACUUGACAACCUAGACAUCUCUUUAAAACCACUCACCGUAUUCGUAAUGGGGAACCAAAGUAUUCAUCUCGCCAAGGUCUGCGAGGCAUGGGACCACCUACAAAAGCGCAUCGAAGCCGGUACUUAUGUCCUAGACGGCCAAAAUCUCCACAUCUCGGAUGUUGUCGCUACGGCCCUACACGGGUGUAUACCCGAGAUCACUGAAGAUCCGGAUAUCAUCAAGAGCAUCCAAGACAGCGUGGAUGUCUUAUACCACUACCUUUCAAAGGGGUGGCAUGUUUACGGCGUCAAUACUGGAUUCGGAGGUAGCGCGGAUACCCGUACUGACCAAGUUGUAGCAUUGCAAUCAUCUCUGAUGCAGCUUACCCAGUCUGGUAUCAUGUCAAGAUCUACCGAUGGCUCUGUCCCAGGCCACUCCAUGCCCUCGUCAUGGGUCCGCGGAGCCAUCGCCGUCAGAUGCAACAGUAACCUCAGGGGUCACUCUGCGGUGACGCUCCCGGUCCUCAAGUCCAUAGUAGCCUUGGUCAAACACAACUUGAAUCCUAUGAUACCGUUACGCGGUUCUGUUUCGAGCUCUGGCGACCUAAUGCCCCUAUCCUAUAUCGCUGGCACUAUAGAGGGAAACCCUGAUAUCCUCAUUGAAAAGAACGGCAAAGUUAUUCCCGCACCGCAAGCGUUGAAGGAGGCUGGAUUACAGCCAGUGAAGCUUGGCCCGAAGGAGGGUCUUGGCUUAGUCAACGGAACAUCGUCAUCAGCAGCGCUUGCCGCCAUGGUUAUUACAGACGCACAUCGUCUGGCAUUGCUUACACAGGCACUUACUGGCAUGGCGGUAGAGGCACUGAAUGGGAGUCGAGAGAGCUUCAACCAAUUUAUUGCUCAGACGCGACCGCAUCCGGGCCAAAUCGAGGUUGCUCGCAACAUUUACUACUUCAUGAGUGGUUCGGCCCUUGCGCGAGAUGUUCUCCGACCGAAGGACCGCGGUUCUGAGGAUAUGGCACAGGAUCGUUAUUCCGUACGAAGUGCUCCGCAAUGGAUCGGUCCACAGGUAGAAGACUUGCUUCUUGCAGAUCAGCAGAUCAGCAUUGAGCUCAACUCUACUUGUGACAACCCACUGGUCGACGUGUCGAAUGGCGAUGUUCACUAUGGCGCUAAUUUCCAGGCGGCUUCCGUGACGUCGGCUAUGGAGAAAGUGCGGCUGUCACUGCAAAUGUUUGGCAGGAUGCUCUUCUCGCAACUGACCGAGCUGGUAGAUCCGGCGCUUAGCGGAGGUCUCCCAGCUAACCUCGCCUCGGAUAAUCCUAGCUUGUCAUUUACAAUGAAGGGGGUCGAGAUUAAUAUGGCGUCCUACAUGGCUGAGCUGUCUUACUUCGCUAGCCCAAUGAGCCCAUUCGUCCAGGCGGCCGAGAUGCAUAAUCAGUCUGUCAACUCGAUGGCACUGGCAUCGGCACGCAUGAGCGCACAAGCUACGGAAAUCUUAACAUUGAUGGCCGCGGCUCAUUUGUAUGCCAACUGCCAGGCCGUAGACCUCAGAGCGCUACACAACCUUUUUGUGCAGAAGGCCACCAAGACACUUGCGUCUGUCACUACUGAAUUCUUUUCUGGUAACCUAUCGGCCGAUGAGCUGGAAGUUCUCCAAAAGGCACUGUCGGCUCAUGUAUACCCUUCCUGGUGUUCUUCGGGCAAAAAAGAUCUCCCGGAUCGUUGCAAAGCUCUUGUGAGCACAGCUGUGCCCAUCGUUGUCGAACACAUUAAGGGGUCCAUUACAGACGUAAUUCAAUGGAAAGAGCAGGCUGCUAAGGCCAUCUAUGCCGUAUGGGAAGAGACCUCUGACGCCUUCCGUGCUGAACCGCACACUCCUGAGGUCCUCGGGAAGGGCGCAAAGGUUUUAUACCAAUACGUCCGUCAAACGCUCGGCGUACCAUUCCACCAAGGCUUUGUCGAGCAUCCCACUAUCCAGGCCGACGAGCUAGACGGACGACCUAAGAAGACCAUCGGGGGAUGGAUCUCCAUUGUCCACGAUGCUAUCAAGGAUGGUUCUCUGUACGGACCUCUGAUAGAACUGGCUGCGAAAGGCCUAGUGAACGAGACAAAUGGUCACGUAAACGGGUACACUAGCGGUACCAACGAGAAGAACUGAAGCAAAACUUGAGCACAUAGCUGUCCUGUCUCAUUUGCUCGAGGAGCCGAUAACUACAUGGCUUUAGCAACUUCAGAAAGAAAAGCGGCAGGACGCGAUGGCUUGGCGUGAGCGAGAAUUGUGUUAUUUGCGAUGUAUUAUGUCUGAAAUGCUUCUUUCCUUGAUAGAUAUCUCGCUAAGUUUAUAUAUACUGUCAUAGCAUUUAGUUUAUAGAGUCGUUAUAUUAUUCAACCGCGUUGACCACUAUUUU